AACAAAUGAGAACCAUGUAAGUAAAGGAAAAGAGAAGGUUGUUGAGUCUACAAUUGAUGAUGAUCAGAUUGAUGAAACAUAUAUGGAUUUUGCUGAAGUGGAGUCCGAUGAUGAGUUAGAUGAAACAUAUUUGGACUUUACUGAAGUGGAGUCUACAUAUGGUCCUAGUGAUGAGUUGAGAAGCUUGCCUGGUUCAGAUGAUGAUGAGAAUAAUAGUAAUGUACUUUAACCUAUCCCUGACAACCAAGAAUUCCUGCCUUCAAGGGAUUUGGGUAUUAAACAAAUUGAAAUUGGCAUGAGGUUUGCAUCAGCUGCAGAUUUUAGGCUUGCACUUAGGGAUUAUGUAAUCAAGGAAAAGUUGGAUAUUAAAUUAACAAGAAAUGAUGGUGAUAGAGUGACUGCAGUGUGCAAGCAAGGUUGUGGCUGGAGAAUACAUGCAAGUAAACCAAGUAAUGAGCAGUGUUUAAGAAUCAAGACAUUCACUAUAGAGCAUAACAAUUGCUUGUGGACUCAUAGUAGUAAGCAAGCCACGUCUUCUUAUCUAGCAAACAAGUACUUGGAGCAAGUGAGAUUAAACCCAACCAUGGGCCAUGUGGCACUUCAAAGUACUAUUGCAGCUGAGUUAGACCUUGAUGUGUCUACAUACAAAGCGCGUAGGGCAAAGAAAAGGGCAUUAGGCAUUAUUGAGGGAGAUGAGGCUGAACAAUAUUCAAAGUUGAGGGAUUACUGUGCAUUGAUCCAAAGCACCAAUCCAGGAAGUCGUGCAACAAUUGGUGUUGAUCCCAUGUCUUAUGAUAAUGAAAUAAAAACCUUCGAAAGGAUUUUUAUUUGUUAUGCUACAAUGAAAAAGGGAUUUAAAGACGGUUGUAGGCCAUUCCUCGGAGUUGAUGGGUGCUUUCUAAAGGGAGCAUAUGGUGGUCACCUUCUGUCUGCUGUGGCAUGUGAUGGGAAUGACCAAAUGUACCCUGUUGCAUUUGUUGUUGUAGAGGCUGAAACAAAAGACUCAUGGGCUUGGUUCAUGAGAGAGUUAAUGGAGGUUGUGGGAUCUCACUUUGACAUCACCUUCAUGUCAGAUAGACAGAAAGGAUUAGUUGAUAGUUUUGACACCAUUCUGUAUGGGGCUGAACAUAGAUUUUGUGUCAGACACCUCUAUGAAAAUUUCAAACUAAAAUAUAGGGGACAAAAUCUAAAAAAUGAGGUUUGGGAAGCAGCUCAAUCCUACACAGAAGCUGAUUUUCAAUUGCAUAUGAACAAUAUCAAACAGAUGGAUCCUAAAGCUUAUGAGUGGCUGAGAAAAGUGCCACCAAGGGUAUGGACAAGGUCCAGUUUUGGUUGUCAGUCAAAAACUGCCUUAGUGAUAAACAACAUGUGUGAAUCCUGGAAUGCAGUCAUUCUUCCGGCAAGAGACAAGCCUAUUUUGUACAUGUUGGAAUGGAUUAGAAAACAUCUCAUGUUGAGGUUUCAAAGUAAGAGGGAGUUCAUGAAUUCAAAGAGUGGGUUGUUGUGUCCAAACAUUCAGAAGGAGAUGACCAAGAGGAAAAAUAAUGCAAGAUUUUGCAAAGUUCAUUAUGCCGGUGAGGACAAAUAUGAAGUGGAAUACAGAGGAAUUAGUGAGGCAGUGGACAUUUCGCAGAACACAUGCACUUGUAGGAUAUGGGAAGUUAGUGGUAUCCCUUGCAAUCAUGCUAUAGCAUGCAUAUUCGCAAGGAGGGAACUGCCAGAGAUAUAUGUUGAUCCAUAUUAUCACAGAGACACUUAUUUGAAGGCCUAUGCAAACUUGAUUUAUCCCGUUCCUAUGAGCAGGCUAUUAAAUUCAGAACCUAUAGACCCAUUGCAGCCUCCAACCUAUAGGAAACCAACUGGUAGACCAAAGAAGGCAAGGAACAAAAAAAAUGAUAAGGCAAGUAGUUCAACAACAUUAAGCAAGUCAAGAACAGCUUUGCAAUGUUCAAGAUGCAAUAGUUAUGGGCACAACACAAGAACAUGCACAGCCUUGGAACCAAUAGUGGUUGAGAAACUUCCACUAAAAAGGGGAGGAAGACCACCAUUAACUAAUAGAGGAGGGGCUGGAAAGGCAUAUGGCAGGAGUAAAAGGUGUGCAAGGUGUGGAAAGGGUGCUAGGGGUGGUUCAGAUGCACAUUGGGUGCAUCAAAGUCAAUCUCAAGAGGCAUCAAUGUAGUCUAGAGGUGGUGUUUCAGUACAUAGAAGGGGUGGUGUUUCAGUGUAUAUAAGAGGUGUUGGUUCAGCAGUGCAGGAAAGAUGUACUAGUUCAGCAGUUCAGGGAAGAGGUAGUGGUUCAGCAGUGCAGGGAAAAGGUAUUGGUUCAGCAGUUCAGCAAAUAGGUGGUGGUUCAAUGCAGUCAAGGGCUGGUGGUUUAGUUGUGCAGGGAAGGGGUUGUAAUGUAAUAUGGCCAAGGGGUGGUGAUGGUGGGCAUACAGUGCAGCUAUGGGGUGGGAAUUCAAUGCAGGCAAGGCAGUCUCAAGAGGUUCAUAACAUUCCAUUAUCUCAGUUGCUUAACACACAGGCAUCAUCAUCAAAGUCAUUGAUGAAUGAUGAUGCAAGUGCUUAUGCUGCUUGGUGAUAAUGGGAGUUGUUGGUUGGUAGUCACAUUUUUUGGUUACUCUGAUGCAAUAUUUAGGUUGUUGUGGGUUGCUGUGAUGCAAUGUUUUUGUUGCCAUGAUCUUUUGUUCUGAAAAACUUGCUCCGGUGCAGCCUUCUGGCAUUUUAUUUGUAGUAACUAUGAAGUAAUUUGGUACUGUAAUGUAUUUGUAUUAAACCUUAUAUGCAACCUUCCUUUAGAAUGUUAAUAUGGCCAAUAUGUU